UGAAUUCCAAGAGAGAAGAAGAAGGGGUGGAUUUGAGGAAAAUGUUCUGCAGAAUUACUUUGAUGUCGAAGAAGAAGAAGAGCGGAACCGUGCCGGUUUAUUUGAAUGUGUAUGAUUUAACGCCGAUCAAUGGCUAUGCGUAUUGGCUCGGUCUUGGGGUUUACCAUUCCGGCGUGCAAGUUCAUGGAGUUGAAUAUGCAUUUGGAGCACAUGAACGUGCAACUUCAGGGAUAUUUGAGGUAGAACCAAGACAAUGUCCUGGUUUUACGUUUAGGAAAUCAAUUUGUAUCGGAAGAACAAAUCUAGAUCAGAAAGAUGUUCGCUCGUUUAUGGAGAAAGUAGCCGAAGAGUACUCCGGGAACACUUAUCAUCUCAUAACGAAAAAUUGCAACCAUUUUUGCAAUGAUGUAUGCUUAAGGUUGGUAGGGAAACCAAUCCCUAGCUGGGUUAACCGUCUUGCUCGACUUGGUCUUUUCUGCAACUGCGUUCUUCCAGCGAGUUUGCACGAAGCGAAGGUUCGGCAAGUACGCCCAGGAGAUAAGCUCAACAACGAUGGUGCAAAGAAGAAAUUGAAAAGCCAACCAAGUAGGUAUAAUGAUAAACCUUCUUCUGUUUCCAAUCCUCCAACUUCAACCGUCAAAGUAAGUAGACAAAAACGAUGUAUCCCGCCAUCAUCAACGGUGAUUCAUUCUUCACAGUCCACAUCCCAAGCUCUAAAGCUGUAAUAGUGACUGUUUUAUAGGCUAUUUAAGAGCUUAAUUAACAGAAGACAGGCAAAAUAACAUGAUUUUUUUGCCUUUCCACUGGUCUUCUGCUUCUACAAAUCCCAUAGAAAGAAAGAAAAGUUGUGGUGGAGCAGUUUUGUGUUGAAAUGCCGUGUAUGUUUGUGCAGUUUGAUUGAGAUUUUAUCAUUGAAAUGGUUUAUAGAUUGAAAAAAAAUGGUGUUCUUGGGAAGUUGGAGAAGGAUGUAAAGAAGAAGGCUUGUAUGGAAAGAUGUCAACUCAAGUGGAGAUGGCAUUAAUGGAAGUGGGUAUGGUGGGGGAUUGGGUGGUGGAAGCUCCCUCCUCCUCCAUUCACUUCCUAUGGACCCAGAGUCUUCUCUCAAAUAUGUAUAUAUCUUUCAAUGUCGGUGGUAAAAACCAAGCUGAAAUGACACCCUUCCUCUUUUCCACCUCUCGUCCUAUUCGGUUUGGCUCGAGAUUUACGAAGCUUAUGGGUUUGAAAGGUCAGAGGUGCCUUAUCGAUAUUUUAAUUGUUCAUAAGUAUUGUGACAGUUCAAGCCUACUUCUAGCAGAUAUUGUCCGUUUUCACUCGUUACGUAUUGCUAUCAGACUCAUGGUUUUAAAAUAUGUCUGUUAGGAAAAAGUUUCCACACCUUUAUAAUGAAUGUUUCGUUCUCUUCUUCAACCAAUGUAUGAUCUCACAUAUUGAUUAUAGAGAUUGGAGUUUGUGUC